UUCCCACCAACCAAACUCCCCUAUUUCAUUCUCCACUAUUUUCCUCUUUUUUUUUUCAAACUUGAAUUAUAUUAUUCCAUACAAAGUUCAUUCUUACACAUAUAUUCUUACACAUAAAUUGUGAUAGUAUGCAAGAGGCAUUGCCAUAUAAGAGAUGGGAGGUACCGGCCAGGCCGGUACCUCCCUCUAGUGUUGCCGCUUCUAAUAAUAAUGGUAAUGGUAAUGGUAAUGUUGAUAAUAAUAGUAAUACGAUUACGACGAUGGAGGUUUUGGUGAAGGAGAACCCAGUGAUCGUGUUCGGAAAGCGAGGUUGUUGUAUGUGUCAUGUGGUAAGGAAAUUGUUGCUUGGGUUAGGAGUUAAUCCUCCUGUGUUUGAGAUUGAUACUCAUGCUAAUGAUGAGUCUCUUUUGCUUACUUCUUUCACAAAAAAUGUUAAUAAUGUCAACAACAACAACAACAACAACUUGCAAUUUCCUUUGGUUUUUGUGGGUGGGGAGCUUUUUGGUGGCCUUGAAAAGGUUAUGGCUACUCAUCUUUCCGGUGAAUUGGUGCCUAUUCUCAAACAAGCCGGCGCGUUAUGGCUAUAAUUGUACUCCCUCCAUUCCAAUUUAGUUAUUUUUUCGUAUUUUUUUUGUUUGGAUUAUUUUUUCAGCGUGACAAUUAAUUCUAGUAGAGAAAAUAUCUUCACGGUAUGCUUCCCUUUAAUUCUUCAAAAAUGUUUGUCUUUUUUUUCUCCGGAGAUUAUAAGCAAGGGGGACAAUAUUUUGAAUUAGAGGAGAGUAUAUAAAUCUUGUACGUAUGAGAAAUUUUACAAGUGGUAGAGUAUAUUAUUGUUGUUAUGGUCACUUUUAAUAGUUUUAAUUUUAAUACAAUGUUGAUUAGUUGUA